CUUGGUAAACAGAUACUAAUCUCAUUAAGACCGAACCCAAAAGCCACAUGAAAACACAGUGGAACCACAUCAAUGGCGUCUCGCUCAGUCUUCCUCUCUCUCAGACGAAAAUGCGGCGAAAGCAGCUUCCUCAGCAACAAUUCUCGGUCGGCAUCUAUAAGCAGAUUCUUUUCUUCGGGAGCACUGAGCAGUGAUUUUCUCGAAGAUUCCCGGGAAAAUGAAGACCUCAAAAGUAGAAUCUUCAGGCUUAGGCUGCCCAAGCGAAGCGCCACCAAUGUUCUUCAGAAGUGGAUUGGCGAAGGCAACUCAAUUGCUAUCUCGGAGCUUCGCCAGAUUUCUAAGGAACUCAGGAAGUCUCAGCGUUACAAGCACGCUCUCGAGAUAUCAGAGUGGAUGGUUGCCCAUAAUAACUCAGAACUGUCAGAUUCUGACUAUGCCAUCCGCAUUGACUUGAUGACGAAAGUUUUUGGAAUUGAUGCUGCUGAGCACUAUUUUGAAGGUCUGCCUCUGACUGCAAAAACCACUGAAACCUACACUGCUCUCCUCCACUCAUAUGCUGGAGCAAAAUUGACUGACAAGGCUGAGAAACUUUAUGAGAGGAUAAAGGAUUCAAACCUUGGUUUCAGUGCCCUUACAUACAAUGAGAUGAUGACUAUGUAUCUUUCGGUUGGGCAAGUGGAGAAGGUCUCUUUUGUUGUGGAAGAACUUAAAAGAAAGAAGGUAGCCCCAGAUAUCUUUACUUACAAUCUAUGGAUAAGUUCAUGUGCUGCAUCUCUGAACAUCAAUGAAGUUAGACGGAUUUUAAAUGAAAUGAAGUCUGAUCCUAGUGCUGAUGAAGAUUGGGAGAGGUAUAUAAACCUCAGCAGUAUAUAUGUUUCGGCAGGUCAUCUUGUGAAAGCAGAGUUAAAUUCUCUUGUUGAAGUUGAAAAAACUUUCACACAAAGAGAAUGGAUUACAUAUGACUUCCUCAUAAUUCUACAUGCUGGUUUAGGAAACAAAGAUAGGAUUGAUCAAAUAUGGAAAUCCUUGCGGAUGACGAAGCAAAAGAUGACGAGUAGGAACUACAUUUGCAUUCUUUCUUCAUAUCUGAUGCUUGGGCAUUUGAAAGAAGUAGGAGAGGUUAUUGACCAAUGGAAGCAAUCAACUACUACAGCUUUCGAUGUUUCUGCUUGUAGGAGGCUUUUGAAUGCAUUUGCCGAUGUUGGAUUGACAGAGAAAGUCAACAACUUUCAUACGCUUCUAAUUCAGAAGAACUCUGACCCUUCAGAUAUGGAAAGCAGGACCAAAUAUUAAUGUAGUCUAAAAUCAUGGAACAAUGCCAGUACAGCAAUUUUGUGCGGUUGGAUAUCGAAGAGAGUAAAUAAUAGUACACUUCCUGGUAAAGCUGCUGUUUGGGCUUUAUUUCCAUGUUAUUGGAAAAAUGGUUUCUUGUGCUUUCUUUGAGUUUAAGUUUUGUUUAUCUUUCACCUUCUCCAUGCCGUCUCGUUUCAUGCUUGCUUAUCUGCUAAAAUUAGUAAUCAUUAAAAGUGGAAUCGUUUUUCUUUUUAUAUACCUGUGUUAGUCUCAACUUUUAUUAAAAAGGAGAGUAUGCUACUGCAGAAUAUGGAAUUGAGAAGCUUGCUAAGAGUUGUCAGA